AUGCCCGCCGCCUACGAUACAAGACAUAACGUCAUCGACCUAGUUGGAAACACCCCAUUAGUCGAAUUGAAAAAACUACCAAAGGCCCUAGGAAUAAAACCAACAAUCUAUGCCAAAUUAGAACUCUACAACCCAGGUGGCUCCAUCAAAGACCGUAUCGCUAAAUCCAUGAUCGAAGAAGCUGAAUCCACAGGUAAAAUCUCCCCCAAAACUACCACAUUAAUUGAACCAACAUCAGGUAACACCGGUAUCGGUCUCGCAUUAAUCGCCGCUAUCAAAGGCUACAGAACUAUAAUUACAUUACCUGAAAAAAUGUCCAACGAAAAAGUUUCAGUAUUGAAAGCAUUAGGUGCAGAAAUCAUUAGAACUCCAACUGAAGCCGCAUGGGAUUCUCCAGAAUCUCAUAUCGGGGUAGCUAAAAGACUGGAAAGAGAAAUCCCGGGCGCCGUCAUCUUGGAUCAAUAUAAUAAUAUGAAAAAUCCUGAUGCUCAUUAUUUCGGGACUGGUAAGGAAAUUAUGGAACAAUUAAAAGAUGUUAAUAGAUUCCAGGAUUUGAAUGCAGUUGUAGCAGGUGCAGGGACCGGGGGUACUAUCUCUGGUAUUGCCAAGUUUAUUAAAGAACAAAAUGAAAAUAUUAAAAUUGUCGGUGCGGAUCCUGUAGGAUCUAUCUUGGCUUUACCAAAUAAGUUGAAUGAAACUGAUGUCACUUCUUAUAAAGUGGAAGGGAUUGGUUAUGAUUUUAUUCCAAAAGUAUUGGAUAGAUCUUUGGUGGACGUUUGGUAUAAGACUGAAGAUAAACCUGCUUUCAAAUAUGCUCGUCAAUUGAUCUCAAAUGAAGGUGUUCUUGUUGGUGGUUCCUCGGGUAGUGCAUUCACCGCUUUGGUGGAAUAUUGUAAUGAUCAUCCUGAAUUGACUGAAAAUGACGUUAUUGUACUUAUUUUCCCAGAUUCUGUUAGAUCUUAUUUGACUAAAUUCGUUGAUGAUGAAUGGUUAAAGAAAAAUGAUCUAUGGGAUGAUGAUAUCUUACUUCGUUUCAAUAACGAUGGUGGUGAUAACAAGGAAAAGAAGACUGAUAAUGAUGUCUUUAAGAAUGCCACAGUGAGAGAUUUACAUUUAAAACCUGUUGUGUCAGUGAAGGAAACUACUAAAGUAGCCGACGUUAUCAAGAUUUUAAGAGAUAAUUCAUUUGAUCAAGUUCCUGCUUUAACUGAAGAUGGGAAAUUAUCCGGUUUAGUAACAUUAUCACAGUUAUUGAAAAAAUUAUCAAAUGGUACCGUAACCAGAGAUAGUGAAAUUAAGGGAACUUAUCUUGAUUUCAAAAAAUUAAAUAAUUUUGAUGAAGUUUCAUCAUAUAAUGAUAAUAAAUCUGGUAAGAAGAAAUUUGUUAAAUUUACUGAAGAUUCUAAAUUGUCUGAAUUAAAUAAAUUUUUUGAAAAAAAUUCCUCCGCUGUUAUCACUAAUGGGUUGACUCCAGUGCAUAUCGUUACUAAAAUGGAUUUAUUGAGUUAUCUAGCUUAA